AGUCGCUCUUCCGACGAGCUGCGGGUCUGUUGUUCUUCCAUCCCAGCCCGAAUUGUGCUGGACGCGACGCGACGGAACGGGACACGGGGCACGGGACGAGUGGACUUGAGGGCGACGUUGGCGGCUGUCUAGCGCGUUCCUAGUGCGUUUCUUUGUUUUCGGCCAUUGUUGUGUAAAUACGGACUAAGCGAGAUGUGGACUUUAGGUUUCGAGCACGAUGUGCUCUACAAAGUGAAAGUGCUGCUCCAACCGCGAGUGCAUUCGAAGAGUGUUGCAUGCCACGGGGCGCAGUAGAUGUUGCUGAACUAGUUUGGAACGAGAUAAACGAAAACCGUUUGCACUGAAGGCUGCUAAUUGAGGACGAGGAUCAUAAAUCAUUAUCUGGCGCCAGCGAGGAGGCGAGCACAGCGACAGCAGCGAUUGAGUUGCACCACCAGAGACGAAUUAAUCAUACGCCGCGUUGGUCGUCCCUCCGUCGAUACUAAGAUAUACAUAUAUACAAUGCCUGCGAAUCCGCCUCCGCACCACGCGCCGCGCACUUGACACGGGGAGCGGCAGAGUAGCCGGAGAAGCCAGUGAGGCCCAGUCUUGUGUUCGAUUUGUGUUUGUUAUUUCUUGUUCGAGCUAGCCGGGCACGCUAGUUGGCAUCGUUGGCAUCGAAUCGAAAAGUGUUUGAUUUCCGCGAAAACAAAGUACCGCAUGUGGCUGCCAGGGCAAAAUCUGCUAGCCGGCAGCACAAACUGCAACAACUGCAUCUGCAACUGCAACAGCAACAACAGCAACAUCACCAGCAACUGCCGCCAGUUGCCGUCAAUUAUCGCUCAAUAUAUUCUCCGUUGGCCUGUGAUAAACCCCCUAACGUUCUUAAUGAACGACCUUCGGUCCAAGUCAUUCUAUCGUGCAGGCAAACCAACAUCUGCAGCAUCCGCGUCGGGCGCGACCACCAACGCCAAGUCGUUCGACAAGGGCCAGAACAACAAUCCCCGUACUUACAACAACAGCGGCAAGUCGAACAAGGUGUUCCUGCAUUACAUACCCCGCGAUCCGCGCCUAAGAAUUUUCAACAAAACCGCCACCCUGAAUAAACACUCGAAUCGCACCCUGAGCGAGCUAAACAUAACUGAAGAUCUGUGCAAUUAUGGUGAAUUGAUUGGCGGUGGUGCCGAAACAGUGAAACUAGUGCCAGUGAAAUCUUAAGAAUAUAUCCGCAAAAUCCGCAGAUCACCGAAUCAAUUUAUUCGUUAACAAAAGUUGGCUGUUGGCGUGCGGAGAGAGCAUUGCCUGGACUACGAUCGGCUACGCACUGCAGUUGACCAACAGAGAGAGGGAAUAUUUACCUACCGCCUACUUAAGAAAAUUUAUGCUGAAAUCUAAUGCAAAUUGUGUUCACUUCCAAUAAUCGCUUGGACAAGAAAGUGCAAAUUUUACAAACCUUUUUAUAGACGUAGCUGAACCCUUUACACAACAACACGAUCACUGGGACUCCGACAUGGCCAAGCUAGCGACGGAUCCAAACGCCUCCAACAACAACAGCUGCGAGGCGGUUAACAACAACCACAAUGGCCAGAACCAGAGCCAAAACGGAGGCGCCUCCAAUUACCAGGCCCUGCCUCUUACGCCUGCUCCGGCCAACACGCCACUCCACAAGGCCAUCAAGCACGACCUCUUCCCGGAGGUCACCUUCUGCAACCUCUCCGUAGAGGAGCUCGCAGAUGGGGCUGGACACAGCCGUGUGGUAAGGAGCAGUGUCAUCGAACUGGAGGACGGCACCAUGACGUGCCUGAUGAACGGAAAUGGGCAGGUGAAGCGUCGCAAACGCCUGAUCUCGAACGAGUCCGGCGACUCGAUCGACUCCAGUUCCACGGAGAAGAAAACGCCCAAGAUGCCCGACGGUGGAUAUGGGUGGGUGGUGGUGUUCGCCUCUCUGGUCGUGUCCCUUAUAGCCGACGGACUGAGCUUCUCAUUUGGCCUAAUAAACGUGGAACUGCUGGAAUACUUCGGAGAGUCCACUUCGAAGACCGCCUGGAUAUCCUCGCUAUUCUUCUCCGUGCCCCUGUUGAUGGGACCCAUCUGGUCCAAUCUGGUGGACAAGUACGGCUGCCGAAAGAUGACCAUCCUCGGCGGAGUGGUCUCUGCCUUUGGGUUUGCUCUGUCUUCGUUUUGCAACUCGAUCGAGAUGCUCAUGGUGACCUUUGGUAUCAUUUCGGGACUGGGCCUAGGCAUCGGGUAUGUGACCGCGGUGGUGUCCAUUGCAUUCUGGUUUGACAAGAAGCGCACCUUUGCGACCGGCAUCGGAGCAUCGGGCACCGGCAUCGGGACCUUUGUCUACGCCCGCCUUACUUCCUAUCUAAUCGAAUCGUACGGCUGGCGCGGAGCCACUCUAAUCCUUGGCGGCACCAUGCUCAACGCAUGCGUUUGCGGCGCCCUCAUGCGCGAUCCCGACUGGCUGAUCGAGGAAAACCGUCUAGAGAGUCGAUCCCAAAGCGUCACCACCUUCUCGAACUCCAGUGUCUGCCUGGAGGAAAUAAAAAAGCUGCUGGACACCGGCAUCACAAAGGAGGCUGUGCUAGACUCGUUGGUGACCAAGAACAACACGGAGGCCAACCAGCAGAUUGACGAUCCGUUGGACUCCGCUCUCAAGCGCUACCGCAGCGAGAUCUUCCUGCCCACCUUCCUGAGCACUCAGGAGCUUGACAGCAUCUGCGAGGUUAAGAGCCUGAGCCGACGCUCCCUACGCCACAAGGAGGGUGAGGAGGCGCCGUCACGAGAGAACCUGCUGUCCAUGUCCUCAGGAGCAGGUGCCUAUCCCCCAUCGACGGCCGUUAUAGGCUCGCCAGAUGAUACCCUAAUGGGCGGAAUAGCUCACGAGGCGGCAGAGGAAGCAAAGAAGGCCUAUCUGGCCUCCAUCGAGACGCUGUCUCCAUCGGAAAAGCGCUCCACUGGUAGGACUCCCAAUGGCUCGCUCCGCUCCUCGGACGAAGGCUACCUUACGCAGAAGCACGCCAGCUCCCGGUACUCGCUUAACGAAAACAUCUUCAUGGCCAAGCAUACAACACCAUCAAUCUCCAACCUAAAGGUGAAUGGCCUGCGACACAAUUCGGUGGACAUCUUGAGCGAGGACAUGCACUGCUACUACUCGAAGGACGAGACCUUCGCAUUGCUGGAGCCGAGCAGGCGCAUCAGGCCCACCGUCAUCGCCAUUCCGGAACAGGAGCAGUCGGUGAACAGCGAGCUGGCCACCCGUCGCGCACGCCUGGACAGCAUCACGGGAAUCCGCCGGCUGUCGCGCUCCAAGAAGCCCAGCCACCACCGAUCGAACCUCCGCCGCAACAUCUCGAUCCGGAACUCCAACUUCCUUAAGGAUAUGCGCAUUCACCGCAACUCGAUCCACUACCGCGGGGCCAUGCUGAACACGCACCGCUACCGGCUGCGCGCCUCCUCCUGUCCCAACAUCUACCGCAACUCGAUGACCACCAUCGCCAAAGAGGAGGAAGAUACCUGGUAUGACAACUUUGUGGACACCAUGAAGUCCAUCUUUGACUUUUCACUCUUUCUGGACAUGAAGUUCGCCCUCUUCAAUCUCUCUACAUUGUUUUUGUUCAUUUGGUUCAUUAUCCCCUAUCUGUACCUUCCCGAUUACAUGAAGCAAUACAAGUACGACGUGAGCCAGAGUGCCGAGUUGAUUUCGGAUGUCGGCAUUGCCCAAACGGUGGGCAUGAUAGGACUUGGCUAUCUGGGGGAUCUGUCCUGGAUGAACAUCAAUAUAUGCUACUCGCUGUGCAUGCUGGUGUGCGGAGCGUCUGUGUUCUUCAUGCCCCUGCUGAUUACCAACUACAUGGGCCUGAUGGUCAUGUGCGUUAUUUUCGGAUUUACGUUCGCCAGCUCCUUCUCGUUUACGCCCAGCAUUCUGGUCAGUAUUGUGGAUCUGGACGAUUUCACGUGUGCCUACGGUCUGGUGCUGCUGGUUCAGGGAGUUGGAAUGAUCGCAGGACCCCCUAUUGCAGGCGUCAUAUACGAGUAUACGGGCAGAUGGGAUGACACCUUCUAUUAUGCUGGAAUAUUUAUCGCACUCUCUGGUGUCUGUUCGUAUCUGAUCGAGUUCUGUGAAAAGAAAGCACCUAAGGAGAGUGAUAGUGAUGUCUUAGAGACUAAAAAAGCUCAACUUUUACACUAGGUUACUUACAUUGCACUGUUGAACGCCGCAAGUAGAAGGCAACUGGAGGUACUACAAAUCCGAACUGUAGCAUAAUAAUGGACUAGCAUUAAAUGUUAACGAGUUUCUUAUGUCAAAUGGUGUUGCAGCCAUAAAAUCAGAGCAGAAUUGUAACUGAAACUAAGCCUAUUCCUAAGCUCUAGCCUGUAAGACUAUACUUGACUUGACUAAUCGUAGCUAAGUAUCAAUAUACACCUAACAUAUACUUACCGCACUAGGGCAAUUACUAACCGCAUCUUUGUCUAGACAAACUGUUCAAUUUCAAUCAAUAUCAAUGCAGUGCAUCACUGCCAGGUGCAAACGGGUCCCUCAAUUGUCUUCUUUACAAAAUUUAGAAAAAUAGUUUUAAUUGCCUUACAUUUCGUACGAAUAUUAAUUAAAGGGAAUACAAUAAACAACAAUCUAUGUAACGUAUGCAAUAACAAGUGACCAUUUUCAAUCAAUCUAAAACUCACAAUAAAAUCUUUGGAGCAUUUGUUUGUACAUCAAACGUCACGGAUCCGAAUAGUUUCCAAUUAAAAAAAACCAACUGAGCAAAUUAGGGUAUAAAAAAUAGUUAAUGUUGAAGCGAAAAACUUGUUUUUGCAGUUUGGCAAACUUUUUCUUAGACAAAACACAGAUAAGAUUCAGAAAAUAAGAAACAAACCUAUGUAAUAUCUUAAAAGUUCAAGUAUUAUUAAAAAAAAAUACAAAAAUAUUUCUAAAUAGUAUAUUUCAGUAGUAAAAAAAUGUUUUAACAUGUAAGCACAUUUAAAAAAAUUAAGUAAAUGCGACACUAUAUCCCUAUAGCCGACAUAGAAAGUGGAAAUUGUUAAUUCCGAACACUUUAGGAAAUAUGUACAUAAACAAAAAAGGAUUCACCAUUUAAUAAUAUUUACAAGACAUUAAUUCAACAAUUAUCUACCGAAAGCCUCUUACUAAAUAAAAAGGGUUAAAACU